GCUUCCCAGAGCGGUCUCUACUGCCGCAGCCUCCGAGGGAGCGGGCUGCCUCUGAAGAAAGGAGAAUGGCGUUCAGCAAAGGAUUUCGGAUCUAUCACAAAUUGGAUCCCCCACCUUUCAGCCUUAUAGUGGAAACUAGGCAUAAAGAAGAAUGUCUCAUGUUCGAGUCUGGGGCUGUGGCUGUGCUGUCGUCUGCAGAAAAAGAGGCAAUCAAGGGUACGUACUCCAAAGUCCUGGAUGCAUAUGGACUCUUAGGUGUUUUGCGGUUAAAUCUUGGUGACACUAUGUUACAUUAUCUGGUCCUGGUCACUGGAUGUAUGUCUGUUGGAAAAAUUCAGGAAUCUGAAGUUUUCCGAGUUACUUCUACCGAGUUUAUAUCACUUCGAGUUGAUGCUUCAGAUGAGGAUCGCAUUUCAGAAGUGCGAAAGGUUUUGAAUUCAGGAAACUUUUAUUUUGCAUGGUCUGCAUCUGGAGCCAGUUUAGAUCUGAGUCUCAAUGCACAUCGGAGCAUGCAAGAGCACACCACUGACAAUAGAUUUUUCUGGAAUCAGUCUUUGCAUUUGCAUCUCAAGCACUAUGGUGUGAAUUGUGAUGACUGGUUAUUACGCCUCAUGUGUGGGGGUGUAGAAAUCAGAACAAUUUAUGCUGCUCAUAAACAGGCAAAGGCUUGUCUCAUUUCAAGAUUAAGUUGUGAACGAGCUGGAACAAGGUUCAAUGUCCGAGGAACAAAUGAUGAUGGUCAUGUCGCCAACUUUGUAGAAACAGAACAGGUUGUAUACUUAGAUGAUUCUGUUUCUUCCUUCAUACAAAUCCGGGGAUCUGUUCCAUUGUUCUGGGAGCAACCAGGGUUGCAAGUGGGUUCCCAUCGUGUUCGUAUGUCAAGGGGUUUUGAAGCCAACGCACCUGCAUUUGACAGGCAUUUUAGAACACUUAAGAAUUUGUAUGGCAAACAAAUAAUAGUAAAUUUACUUGGAUCAAAGGAAGGUGAACAUAUGCUAAGUAAGGCUUUCCAAAGUCAUUUGAAAGCUUCUGAACAUGCUGCAGAUAUCCACAUGGUGAAUUUUGAUUAUCAUCAAAUGGUUAAAGGAGGAAAAGCAGAGAAGUUACAUAGUAUUCUGAAACCUCAAGUCCAGAAGUUUCUAGAUUAUGGAUUUUUUUAUUUUGAUGGAAGUGAAGUUCAAAGGUGCCAGAGUGGUACAGUUCGAACAAACUGCUUGGAUUGUCUUGAUAGAACAAAUAGUGUGCAGGCAUUCCUUGGCUUAGAGAUGCUGGCUAAACAGUUAGAGGCUCUUGGCUUGGCCGAAAAGCCUCAGUUGGUGACUCGCUUUCAAGAAGUUUUUCGGUCCAUGUGGUCUGUGAAUGGUGAUUCAAUCAGUAAGAUCUAUGCAGGCACUGGAGCUCUUGAAGGGAAGGCUAAGGCUGGAAAGUUAAAAGAUGGUGCUCGUUCAGUCACCAGAACAAUUCAGAAUAACUUCUUUGACAGCUCCAAGCAAGAGGCCAUUGAUGUCCUGCUGCUGGGAAACACCCUCAAUAGUGACUUAGCUGACAAAGCUCGAGCACUUUUAACUACUGGGAGCUUGCGUGUUUCUGAACAGACAUUACAGUCAGCAUCUUCCAGAGUGCUAAAGAGCAUGUGUGAGAACUUCUACAAGUACUCAAGGCCGAAGAAGAUGCGUGUGUGUGUGGGCACCUGGAACGUGAAUGGCGGGAAGCAGUUCCGCAGCAUUGCUUUCAAGAACCAGACGCUCACAGACUGGCUUCUCGAUGCACCCAAGUUAGCCGGCAUCCAAGAAUUUCAAGAUAAAAGAAGUAAGCCAACAGAUAUAUUUGCAAUUGGAUUUGAAGAAAUGGUAGAGUUGAAUGCUGGAAACAUUGUGAAUGCAAGCACAACAAAUCAGAAGCUCUGGGCUGUGGAACUUCAGAAGACAAUCUCCAGAGACAACAAGUAUGUGCUGCUGGCUUCUGAGCAGUUGGUGGGAGUCUGUCUGUUUGUUUUUAUCAGGCCACAGCAUGCUCCUUUUAUCAGGGAUGUGGCAGUUGAUACUGUGAAGACUGGGAUGGGAGGUGCGACUGGAAAUAAGGGAGCAGUUGCAAUCCGAAUGCUCUUCCACACCACCAGCCUCUGCUUCGUCUGUAGCCACUUUGCUGCAGGACAGUCACAAGUCAAAGAAAGAAAUGAAGAUUUUAUAGAAAUAGCACGAAAAUUGAGUUUUCCCAUGGGAAGGUUGCUGUUUUCCCAUGACUAUGUGUUUUGGUGUGGUGAUUUCAACUAUCGAAUUGAUCUCCCUAAUGAAGAAGUUAAAGAGCUCAUAAGGCAGCAAAAUUGGGAUUCCCUUAUAGCAGGAGAUCAGCUUAUUAAUCAGAAGAAUGCUGGACAGAUUUUCAGAGGAUUUCUAGAGGGAAAAGUUACCUUUGCUCCGACCUAUAAAUAUGACUUGUUUUCUGAUGACUAUGACACCAGUGAGAAGUGUCGCACCCCUGCAUGGACAGACCGUGUCCUCUGGAGAAGAAGGAAGUGGCCUUUUGAUAGAUCAGCCGAAGACUUAGAUCUUCUAAAUGCUAGCUUUCAAGAUGAAAGCAAAAUCCUCUACACGUGGACUCCUGGCACUUUGCUGCACUAUGGAAGAGCUGAGUUGAAGACUUCUGACCACAGGCCUGUCGUUGCCCUGAUUGAUAUAGAUAUAUUUGAAGUUGAAGCUGAAGAGAGACAAAACAUUUACAAAGAAGUAAUUGCAGUUCAGGGUCCACCAGAUGGUACAGUGUUGGUCUCAAUCAAAAGUUCUUUGCAAGAAAGUAAUUUUUUCGAUGAUGCUUUGAUUGAUGAACUUCUGCGGCAGUUUGCAAAUUUUGGUGAAGUUAUACUCAUAAGAUUUGUAGAAGAUAAAAUGUGGGUUACAUUUUUGGAAGGAAGCUCUGCCUUGAGUGUUCUGAGCCUAAAUGGUAAAGAGCUAUUGAAUCGGACUAUAACUAUCACUUUAAAAAGUCCAGACUGGAUCAAAAAUUUGGAAGAAGAAAUGAGUUUGGAGAAAAUCAGUGUCACGUUGCCUUCAUCAACAAGCUCCACUUUGCUGGGUGAAGAUGCUGAGGUUGCAGCAGAUUUCGACAUGGAAGGUGAUGUUGAUGACUAUAGUGCUGAAGUUGAGGAACUUCUUCCUCAGCAUCUGCAGCCAUCCUCAAGUUCUGGCCUCGGCACUUCCCCAAGCUCUUCACCCCGGACAAGUCCCUGCCAGUCACCUACAAUAGCAGAGGCUCCUGUACCUUCCCUUCCCAUCAGGCCAAGUCGAGCUCUAUCAAGAACCCCGGGGCCUCCGAGUUCACAGAGUUCUCCUGUGGACAGUCAGCCAGCGCCCCAGCUGCAGCACAAGGAAUCUUCCCAGGCCCUAGAGCCCAAGCGGCCACCCCCUCCCAGGCCAGUUGCUCCCCCGACACGCCCUGCUCCCCCACAGAGACCGCCACCACCUUCAGGGGCUAGGAGUCCUGCACCUGCUAGAAAGGAAUUUGGAGGUGUUGGAGCCCCUCCCAGUCCUGGGGUAGCUAGGAGAGAGAUGGAAGCACCCAAAAGCCCUGGAACAACACGGAAAGAAAAUAUAGGAUGUAAUGUCUUCAUUCCAGGACGCAGUCAGCCUUCAUCUCAAGCAGGAUUUGCAGGCCCAGGACCUGCUGGAGCCAGUACAGCCAGACCGACUAUUCCACCCCGGGCUGGAGUUAUCAGCGCCCCCCAGAGUCAUGCUCGGGCGUCUGCUGGAAGACUGACUCCAGAAAGCCAAAGCAAGCCACCAGAGGCACCGAAAGGCUCAACACUCCUUCCAGAACCACUGAAGCCUCAGGCUGCUUUUUCUGCUCAGCCGUCCCUGCCCCCACCUGUUCCGAAGUUCCAGGAGCCUCUCGUCCCCACAGCAGCACCCAUGCCUCAGCCUGGCCCCCAGCCCACUUUGGAAACCCCACCCCAGCCCCCGCCUCGGAGCAGGUCAUCCCAGGGCUUGCCUUCAGAGUCUUCACCACAGCCCCAAGUAAAAACAAAUGGAGUCUCAAGUGUCAAACAAGAAUCACUAUUAAAGAGUGACCUAUUUGAAGAUCUGUCAUUUAAUCUGCUUGCUGUAUCAAAGGCUCGGCUCUCUGUCCAGACGUCACCUGUUCUAACCCCAGACCCAAAGAAGUUGAUUCAGUUGCCUUCUGCAACACAAAGUAAUGUUAAUACUUGGAGUUCUGUAAGCUGCAUGCCAACCAUGCCUCCAGUUCCAACUCGAAGCCAGGAAAACAUGCGAAGCUCUCCAAACCCAUUUAUUACUAGCUUGACCAGCACAAAUCCUUUCUCCGACAGGACUGCUGUUCCUGGAAACCCAUUUAGAGCCCAGUCUCAAGAGUCAGAGACAGCUUCCUGGUCCUCCAAAGAAGAGCCUGUUACAAACAGUCCUGUCCCUUCGCUGAUGCCUCUCCGCCAGAACACAGACAAGCCUUCAUCUUCUCUCGAUUGCUUUAAGGACAGUUUUGAUCUGCAGGGCCAGUCUACAGUGAAAACUAGCAAUCUGAAAGGAUGGGUAACCUUUGAGGAAGAUGACUUUAGUAUAAAAGGGAAGUCAAAGUCAGUUUGUCCAGACACACUGGGAAAUCAACCAAGUGCAUUUGAUGAUGACUGGAACAAAGGUACAAAUGUUUCUUUCUGUGUGUUGCCAUCCAGAAGACCACCUCCGCCUCCUGUCCCUCUGCUCCAGCCCAGCACCAGCCCUGCCACCGACCCCUUCACCACCUCAGCACCCAAGGCAUCGCCCACACAGGACUUUACAGAAAGAUGAUGUGACUGAUACUCUAGAAAGGGGGGAAAGGUGGUUUGUUUAUUUUUGUUUCUUUUUUAGUUUUGGCAGGGCAGAGCCAAAAGAAUUGGGCAUUAGUUAUUCAUUAUGUGCAAUAAAUAAUUGUUAAGUGCACUGAUACCUUCAUAAGAUACCACUAGGUGAUGUGAAUAGAGUUGGAAUAUGUGUAUAUUGGGAAUGAGGAAAAAUCCUUCUGAUUAUUAACUGGAAUUUUGGUGUGUUUCUCUUCAGAUGAAUAGGAGACAGGAGUAACCAUGAAAAGUGCUUAAAACUACCUUAGAAAGUAGUCCUUAUUCAGACAUUCCUUGUCAGUCUGAAAAAUCUUAGAAUGCCCACACAACUUUUAGCUGACAUUACCGCCAGCUCUUGCGCACUAUUGACAGUUGGUAUUCAUAUUUACCAAAGAGCUGCCAAA